AGUCGCUCGAGUUCUGUCGAUCGAAGUGGACGGGUGCCGGCUUUAUAUUGCGAGUGAUGCGCAAUUGUCAAUUGAAAGUGUAGAAGAACUAAAUCGAAAUGUCCAACUUUGAAUGUUAUCUGCAAGAAAUUGCCGAGGAUAUCCGUAAUCCAAACGAUCCUAGCAACAUUAAAGACUUCAAGGCCGUGAAGAAUUAUGUGCUUAAAAUACUGCGCCUGCAGGAGUCCUACUUUAAUAGCAUAUGCAAAAAUGAUAUCCUAUUUGGCAGCUUGGCCCAUAAAGUGCGUAUCUAUAACGACGAUGAAGCGGAUGUUUGAUGGAGCUGCGCUUUCCGGCGUACACGCGCAUCAAACAGGUGGAAGACGUCAAACGGCCGGGUUUUGUGUUCCUUGACUUUUCACAGGCUUGCAGCGAUAGUAUGAUAGCCAAUCGCCUGGCCAACAAUAAGGGCAGGAUCAUGUCCCAGUCGAAGCUAAGGAGCUGGAUAAAUAGGAUUUUUACGAAUGCCUUGUACAACUACGGCAAUGUGGUUCACGGCAUCUACGAGGACUACCAACUGAAGUACUUUUGGCGCGGCGUGGCCUAUACGAUCCAAGCGGUUUCGCAUCUUCGCACAUUUUCCAUUGACUUUGUGCCGGCCGUAAAAAUUGCCGGUCAGACCAUUGGCAACUUUGCCGGUCCUAUGCACCAUUACACCUUCAUGAUUAGCAACGUGGAGGCGGAGCUGCAGCACGUGGCGCGUUGUGGCCAAAAGUUGCGUGACGUUUUGCGCCUGCUGCAGGCUUUCCGCACCUCAAAGAAUUUGCCAAAGCUGCGCUGCACUCACUUUGUUAACCUGGCCAUUUGGCUAUCCACGCGUAUGGGCUACCAGACCCUAUUCUAUAUGUCAGUUAGUGACCUCUUCUUGCAGAUGCUGUACGAGCUUUGCGAAGCCUUUUACGAGGGUCAUUUGCCAUAUAUAUGGAAUCGUCAAAUGAAUCUCUUCGGGAAUUUUAAGAACAUGGAGAUAUUGCAUCCUUGA